AAGCGGUAGAACGUCGAGCGCGAUUUACGGCGCUUUAAAUUAAUAAAAUUUUAUAUUUCGAAAAGUCGUUAUCGGCUUAAUCGGGAAAUGGACGAGAAUUUACUGUAUUUUAUGUACGUCCAGAAAUUUUUGCUUACGUAAUUGCGCCCGGCGAAGGAAGGAGAGCGUUUCCCGGGCUUAAAUUAAAUGCGGAAUUUUAAUUCUAGUAUCCCGACGGAAAGAGCCGACGGUUUUAGAUUCGGUCGACGUUUUCUCCAUUACCCACGAUCGGUAGAAGAAAGAGUAAAAAUAUACCGACGGCGUCGCCAUCUGGCAGAGAAAAUAGUUAUUAAUCGAGUAGGGAAACAAAUACCGUAUUUUCCGACGGCGGCGAUAAAAAUAGUGCGAUAGGAACUUACUUUUAUUCCAAUAUGUUUAUUCGUUUUUCGUCCGAGUCGACGACGGAAAGAAACUCGGCCUACAAUACGGCGAUAAAAUAUUUUACAAGGCGUACUCGUCUUACAAUUUAUGGCGCCGAGAAAAAUUUCGUAGCGUAAAAUUAUCGACAAAGAAAAUACGGAGGCGGACGAAAUCCUCCGUCGUCGUUCCGUUUUCCUUUUCGCUUACGGACCCACUCGUUAUUAAUUAAGCCCAGUCCGCUUAUACUAAUCGUUACGAUUAACGUUUACUUCCGCCCGUCGUCCGGGCCAAUCUAAAAAUCGGAUGGGCCAAAUACGGUUAACCCGACCGCCUUUUCUUCGGUAACGAGUACCCGGCGCCGGAAGGUCACGUGUCCGGGAGAUUAAAUAAAGACGAGGGCCGGCCAGCCGGGUGAGAGAGAUGAAGCCAGCGGAGGUACUCGUCGUCUUUUGCGCGCUGUGUUUCGGCGCCGAAGAAGGCCGAUCGUCUCCUUCCUGCCUGGACGAAAGUGGUCGCGGCGUCGACUGGAUAAUUGUAUAUAAAUUCCCACCCAUAAAAUUUUACCACUUGAGAUAUGGUGAAAGUUAUGCAUAUAUAUCAUCUAAUAAUAUUGGCCAAACAGGAAAAUGGGUUCUGUCCAAACAAAAUAUUUCUUCUAAUAAUUCAAUAAUUAGCAAAAUAUUAAAUCCUGUGAUCAAGAAAAAACGGGAUAUUGCAUAUUUGGUAUAUAAUGAUGCUGUACCAAAUGAGAAACACUACAGUGAUAAGUUUGGACAUGCAAAAGGUGUUCUUGCAUUUGAUAAUGAUUCUGGAUAUUGGAUGAUUCACAGCAUUCCAAAAUUUCCACAGGAAGGUUAUUAUAAUUUUCCAAGAGGUUCUACAGAGCAUGGGCAGAUAUUUAUUUGUGUUAAUUUCAACAUUAUUGCUAUAAAUCAAAUAGGAGAACAAUUAAGAUAUAUGAAGCCACAAAUUUAUAUGAAUCAUUCUACUUCAGCAGUAUUAAAAUUAUCUCCAUUAGUACAGACAUUAUUUACAUCAAACCCAUCAUUCAUUAAUCAUGUACCUUGGAUGAGAAAUGUGACACUUUCAAGUAAACUUGGGGCUAAAUUCAUAAGCUUCAGUAAACAAGCAAAAUUUUUGAAAGGUAAGAUGCAUUAUUAAUCUAUAUAUAUAAUCGAGA